GUUUUAGAUUUUUUUCGCAGAAGGGCGUCUUGAGCUUAUUGUGUUCUAUUGGAAAAACUCAAAAAUGUUGACCCAGCAAAGGCAGCGCGCUUUCGGGGCGCACAACUUCCGGCGACCCGCUUUCCCAUUUAUUUCUAGCCCGUUUGUAGUGCUGCUCCACCUUCUUUUCCCGCUGUUUUUCACGACUGGAACGCAACAGGCGUCUGCCGCUUCCGGGAACAAGAAGUUAAAACUGUCCAAGAAAGACGGCGGGUCUGUUGUUCAGACGGACAUCAAAGGCAAGCAAGAGACAGCGACGGUGGCGGUGAAGACGGCUUUGUUGGCUCGCGCGCGCGGAGGUAUUUCGAUUGUGCCGAGAGUUUCGGACGGGCGGCUACAACGGGGCGCCGAGCGGGAUGAAUAGCAAGGCUAUCUCGUUCCCCUCCGGCGGGG